CUUUAUUGCUUGCAUACAAUAAUAAAUAUACUUACUUAUCGCUGGUCAGGGGCUCUUGUCAUUACCUAGAGCACCUCGGGAGCGGACACUGUCGAGAUAAUGGAGAAAUACGUGAUUGUAGUGCUCAGUGUUGUGCUAACCUCAACAGUUGUCCAAACGGCCUACAGACCAAACGCGUUAAAACAAUACCGCAAAGACUAUGAGUACAAUCCUAAGACAGAUGCAUUCUACAAACUGCACAUUGAGUCAGCUAGGCAUUGGGAGGUCAAGGACCGAUGUAAGGUGGAGGGAGCAGAGCCAAUGGUCCCGAUAUCAGACUUCGAUAUAAUGCAAGUCCACGCCAUGCUGAAGCAGUUCGGUGACAUCGGGAAGUAUGUGUGGGUGGGAGACGAUGGACUCAGCCACGAUUCUGCUGAGGAACCUGCCAUUAUUGAUUUGGAUCCCGAAGAUGAUGACAUAGAAGAAACAGGGGAGUGCGACGUGGUGACGCGUGAUGGUGACAUAGAAACCAUGUAUUGCUACCGAGAUCUGCCGUUUAUUUGCAAAGUGGAAGCUAAGGACGCUCCCUAUGACCCACAUUGCAAUGUCUUUGGAAAAGACUACGUACACUACCCAUUAGUGGGAAGUUGCUACAAGAUCCCCAAAAUCGCGUACUCAUGGAGCGAGGCUUACUCCGAAUGUUUUGCGGAGGGGGCUCAUCUCGUGGUCAUCAACUCGGCGAUGGAACACGAAGCCAUUUGGAACCUCACGAACACAGGGCCCAAGGUGCCAGGUGCCAGAGCAUCAUACUUCUUCUUUGCUGGCUUUAGAGCAGAAAGACCGGUGGGAUUUGAGCCUGUUGAGUUUAGGACUAUUUUUAACCAAACCUUAGAUGAAGCUGGCUUCAACGCGUGGUCUGAAAACGAGCCAAACAACGCCCUCCACAACGAGUACUGUGGCUCCAUCUUUCAGAAUGAUGGUAAACUAAACGAUCUGGACUGCUCUCAUCAUUUCGCAUUCAUUUGUGAAAUUGAAGUCACUUGGAGUCCAUAGGUGACAUAUAAAAGACGGACUUUAUAAGUGUUAUAUUCAGAAAAAAACUGAAAGGUACAAAAAAACAAAGGGCAAGUUUAGGAGGUUCCCGAUAAAGUUCUAGAUAGCCAUCUGACAGAACAUGCCGUAGAAUAGAAGUCAACAUUAAAA